UCUACGCUUCACGGGAACUCGGUGCCCCCGGUUAGAGGGGAGGAGGGUCCCUCAAAGCGCCUUUACUAUGAAACGUCUGGUGCCAGCGAUACGGGAUUUUCCCAUAGCACUUGAACGCGGCCUCGUGCUGUGAGGCAGGUGUGGUCGGCGGGGAGACGUUCCGCCCGGAGACACAUCAGCGGACUCUACCGGACGAGGACGACGUGUCGCCGGGGACAGGAAGACACCAACGAGUGAGACCAGGCCGCCAGAGGUGUGGUUGACCUUCGACCCCAGACAAGCUCAGAGGAACCUCGCCACGGAUCCGCUUCUCUUUUUAAAAAAACAUUAUUUUUUAAUCAAGCAACAGCCACAAAGUGCCCUCAAGGUGAGGCCUUCAGACAUCUGAGAAGACAUCCAGGAGAUUGAUGAGUUUCCCCGGUUGGAGCCCCGUCCCCUGCAGAGCGUCGUUGGGUGGAACUGAAACUAAGGUGGAACCACGCAGUUCUUUUUAGAACCAUGAACGCCCCCAGAACAAAAACACCGUGCACAAUUUAAAGUGAACAUCCUCGCCAUGUUUGUGAUGCUCUGAGACGCUCUGAGGUCGUAGCUCCUCAGAAACCAGGACCAUCGCCUCCUGCUGAGAGACGAGUGCACCUGCAGACCCAGAGAGCCCCCAGAUGGCCGGCAAGGACUACAACCACCUCUUCAAGCUGCUCAUCAUCGGAGACUCCAAUGUGGGGAAGAGCAGCCUCCUGCUCCGCUUCGCCGACAGCUCCUUCUCCGGAAGCUACAUCACCACAAUCGGAGUGGACUUUAAGAUCCGGACCGUGGACAUCGACGGGGAGCGAGUCAAGCUGCAGAUCUGGGACACAGCGGGACAGGAGAGGUUCAGAACCAUCACGUCCACGUACUACAGGAACACGCAUGGCGUCAUCAUCGUCUAUGACGUCACUAAUCCCGAGUCCUUUGUCAACGUGAAGAGAUGGUUAAACGAGAUCUCCCAGAACUGUGACAACGUCUGCAAGAUCCUGGUGGGAAACAAGGACGACGACCCCUCCAGGAAGCAGGUGGAUACCCAGGAUGCAUUGCGCUUUGGGGAGUCGACGGGGGUCCGUGUGUUUGAGACCAGCGCCAAAGAGAACAUAAACGUGGAAGAGAUGUUCAUGGCCUUCACCCACAUGGUGCUCUGGGCCAAGAAGCAGAGCCAGAACCGAGCGGAGAGGGAGCGAGAGCGCGAGAAGGACACGGUCAACAUCAACGCCCACAGGGACCGCGACCGCCGGAAGAGAGGCAGGAAGUGUUGCUGAGGGGGGGCGGGGCCUCAGUCAGGAGACGAGGUCCAGACCCCCCAGGACCCGGGUCCCUCAGCACCGAUGAGUUAGAGGAGCAUGCCGAUGAGGUUUGAUCUCACUAACUAAAGGUCACACGGCAGAGAGCAAAGGUCACGAGGUCGUGUCUGCUAAUAACGGGAAAGAUCAUAAAAGACGAUUCUCCUGGAGAAAGAUUCUACGCGUUCUGACACUUCGUCGGGCGUAGCUUUCAUUUGAAGGAGUUUGUGACCGUUGACCCCAACAUUCUAAGCGUGAUGAAUUAUUAAAGUUUGUUCUAACGACUAACAUCGGCUAGCCACGUUGCCGUGGUGACGUCGCUAGAUGUUAAGGUCUUGGUGCAAAACCCAACGACAUCCUGGUUGAAUCAUUUCAAGUUACUGUGACGUGGACGUUCAUGCUCUCCAGAGGAUGGACCCGCAUCUCUUUGGUGACGCUUCAUCGCUGGCAUUGAAUUCAACUUUCCACUUGAGCAACAAAUCUCAAGUUGUUGUGAAGCUGUCGCUCGCCAGAGGAGGAACCGGACGCUCCCCAGAGGAGGAACCCAGUGACCGUUCCUUUGGGAUAAAACUGGAAGUCUGAGCAGACAAAACUGACUUUUGAUUUAAAGGUAUAGUGGUGAAGUUGAUCAGAUUGGUAAACGUGUGGCUGAGGGGGAGGAGCCUCUGGUACAACCUUUGACCUUGAGAACCUCUGUCUCAACACAGUAAAAUAAUUUGACCACUGAAGGGGAACCUGGACACAAUAACUGUGUGUGUACUGUUAUGUGCUUCUUUACUGUCAUUGUUUUAAAUAGCUACGCCCAAAUAAAGCAAUAAAUCCAGAGUAA